GCGAGGGGCUGAAGAACGCCACAUCCACACUAGGUGCGAGCGAACUGCCACCUCUCAGCGUACAGGACUGGGCACUGGGCAGGUAACCCAACAGGCGUCCCUUACACGCCACUGAGUGAGGAGUGAAGACGGCCUCUGGAGGCAUUGGUUCGGGUGCUCCCAACAAACACUUAAGAAAACAAGGCCCUCGGAGCUUUGGACGUGUUGAGGAACUUUUACCCUUCCUCAGGACACAAACAUGUUCUACCACAUCUCGCUGGAGCAUGAGAUCUUGCUGCACCCGCGCUACUUCGGGCCACAGCUGAUGGACACCGUGAGGCAAAUGCUUUUCACUGAGGUAGAAGGAACCUGCACUGGAAAGUAUGGGUUUGUCAUAGCUGUCACCACCAUUGAUCACAUUGGGUCAGGCAUGAUUCAAGUUGGCAGAGGAUUUGUGCUGUACCCUAUUAAGUACAAAGCCAUCGUAUUCAGACCCUUCAAAGGAGAGGUCUUGGAUGCUGUUGUCACACAGAUUAACAAGAUUGGACUUUUCUGUGAAAUAGGACCCAUGCAGUGUUUCAUCUCUAGACAUUCUAUCCCUCAGGAUCUAGAAUUUGACCCCAACUCCAACCCUCCCUGUUACAAGAGUAGAGAUGAGGAAGUUGUAAUUCAGCAGGAUGACGAAAUAAGAGUAAAAAUUGUAGGAACCAGAGUAGAUGCAACUGACAUAUUUGCAAUUGGAACACUCAUGGAUGAUUACUUGGGUCUCACCAGCUAAAGAAGUGGAAACAUUGUAUGCUUUAUUUAUAUUGAUAAUAAAUGCCUAUCAUAAAAAUUAAUUUCUUUAAGAAACUAAUGUAUGCCAGUUCUGAAAGUCUUAUAAUAUACACAUGAUUUUGUA